AUGGUAUUCGGAGUCCUCGAGUCCAAAGGUUCUACACAACCUCCUGGAACAGUUCUUCUUGAACACUCGCGCCAGGAUGGCAUGCCGACAAUUCUCGUUCCACCGCCUUCCAGCUCGGCCGAAGAUCCACUCAACAUGACCCGCCUCCGCAAAGAGCUAUACUUCUUGAAUAUUCUCUUUGGCGCUUGUGUCACUGGAGUACUAGGACCCGUUAUUGUCCCCGCCUUCGGCAUCAUGUCGCAGACUUUCCACACUUCCCUCACACACAUUACCCUUCUCAACGGCUCUCUCGUCGUUGCCUUGGGUGUCAGCUCCUAUGUGUCAUCAGUUAUCUCAGACCUUUGGGGCCGCAGACUUAUCUUCCUUUUGACUUCAGUCAUGCUGGUUGUGUCCUGUAUUUGGGCAGCGGUCGCUCAAGGGUAUGGGUCUUUACUGGCUGCUCGUGUAGUUCAGGGCUUAUCUAUGGGGCCUUUCUUCUCGCUGGCCGGUACAUCUUGUAUCAAUGAUGUAUUCUUCCUGCAUCAGCGAGGCCGUAGGGUUGGACUUUGGAACUUCGCCGUCAUCGUGUCGGUGAACAUAGCACCCGUCAUCAGCGGUUAUCUCAUCGUUGACAUGGGCUGGCGCUGGGCGUUUUGGAUUCUCGCUAUUGCUUUCGGAUUAGGUUUCAUCAUGGUUGUUUUCCUCCUCCCUGAAACCAAGUAUGAAAGAAGGGAAGUAAUGGAGGCAAAUCUAGACCAUGGUACUGCAGUCUUGGACGUCGAGAAGAUUGACAAGACGACGUCUGAUGCGGAGCCUCUACCAACUGGCUUACCUUCUGUAUAUUCUGCAGACGCAGCUGAAGCGUCGGUCGAUGAAACACUAAACCUAAAGUGGAGAAGGUUUAUUGGUAUGCAGUACAUCCAGUCUGUUAGCAUCAAAGGCGUGUUGUCUGGCGCUAUCAAACCUUUCACGAUGCUCUAUCACCCCGCAGUCAUCUGGGGAUGUAUCAUGUGGUCAAUAACUUUCACUUGGGUCAUUGUUUUGGGCGCUGUAGCCAGCCAGAUCUUCGGAGCUCCCCCGUACAACCUCGACCCAGCCCAGGUCGGCAUUGUCAUCGGAGUAGCACCUCUUAUCGGCGCAGCCUUCGGUACCAUCCUCUCAGGCUGGAUGUCUGAUAUGGCUGCACAUCAAAUGUCUGCUUAUAAUGGUGGCUUGUACGAACCCGAGUUUCGACUUGUUGUCAUUGCUCCAGCUACUAUCACUCUGGCCAUCGGUGCCUUUGGAUUGGCUGCCUCUAUUGAACAUGCCAAGCCAAUAAUCGUUUGCUGUAUAUUUCUGGCCUUGAUCAAUUUUGGGGUUGGUGCAGGAUGUACAGGUAUCGUCACAUACACUAACGAUGUGUGUAUGGAUCGCGCAGGCCAUGCGUUUGGUCUGGCUAUGCUUAUCAAGAGUUGUUUUGCAUUCGGGCUGACAUUUAUGUUGAAUGACUACUAUGCCAGCCAGGGGCCGAUGGUAUUUUUCAGCACAUGGGGAGGUCUUAGUCUGGGCGUUUGUCUGACUACUAUUCCUCUCUAUGUUUUUGGCAAGAGAAUCCGGAGCUGGGCUGAUCGCCAUUAG